AUGGAUGAUUUCAGCUUUCCCACCAUCACAGCGGAUCAAGACUCGCUCCGCCAGCUCCCCUUCCCCCACUUUGCCGCAUCCCCCCUGUGGUUCUUGUCCUCAGUCGUCGAUUGCCGGAAAAGCUCCUCGUCCGCCGGAGAAGCAUCGCUGGAUGCUGACGUGAUGAGAGGGGAUCUCGAGGCGGAUAGCGCCGGCGGUUGGCUUGAUGAGGAGAAGAUGGACUUGCUGUGGGAGGAUUUCAAUGAAGAGCUUGCAAGGGUGUCGUGUGACCGGAAAAGGAUGGCCAAGGAGGGGAGCUCGAGUGCGUCAGAGCAACACUGCGUGCGUGCAUUGAAAGACGCAAAUAGCGGCGGUCUGAUUCAUCGUAGAUCGCCAAGUCUGAUACUGAUGGUGAAGGUGCUAAAGAAGCUGUUCUUGAUUCAGCGAGUUGUGUCCUCUAAGAAGCAGUCACUGUGCUCAGCAUGA